AGUACAAACUUUCUCAUAACUUGCGAGGGGGAAUUAGCUCAGGUUGAAAGAAAAGGAUAAACAAAACUUGUAUUAUCGAUAAGGUUGACAACGAAGCAAGUAUAUAUAGCGCUUACCGUUACAUGUAAGGAAGCAAAAUAAAAAAACGGGAAAGGAGUCGAAGUGCAUGCAUCAUGUUUUUGUGUAGAUUAGCACCACCACUUACAAGAGAACACAACUUGUUUACAGUAGCAGUUGAAAGCCGUGUCUCUAAAAGGCGAGCAAUUUCUUCCGACUCAGCCGAGCAUACACGUAUACGCCGGCAGAGCACUCUUCGGCUCCCCAUAGUAGUUUUACAUUUAUAUUUACUAUUUUCGUGGUUUUUUAUUUUUAUUUUCACGCUCAGCACUCUGGUGCGAAAGACGAAAUCCUUCGGCAGUGUUUUGCUUCUUCGAUAUUGGUAAACAUAGGUUUGUGUUGUGAGAGUUUGGCAGCUGUAGCUCAGGUUCGAGUUCCUUAAAGAAGGCCGCCUGUUAAGAAUCUCUUCCCCCCCCCUUUUUCUUGGUUCAUAUAGUAGCGAUUUCUUUAUUUUGAAUAACGUCAAGUAGUCAGAAAACGCACAUCAUGCCGCGAACGUCUGCGACAAAUGCGGCGGAGCCACUAUCCUCCUUCAUCCCCUCGCGGCACAACCGCUCCUUCUCGGAGCAGACCACGCCGUCGUCCGUCGUCGUGUCCAUGACAUCCUCCUACAAGGGACCGCUGCGGGGUCGACGUCCCCCUGUCGGGGUCACGGCACUGCAGAAGCGACGCUUUCGCACGCAAUCCUCUACGGACGGUCAAGGAUCACGCCGGACAUCCAACCCGGCCGCCACAGCAACCGCCCCUUGCAGAGGGGAGGCUCAUGUCUUCACGGUGCACACGCGCCCCACGGAAGACCGUCGGGUGGACAAGGGCGCCUCCACCGGCGACGCAGCAGGGAGUAAGACGAGCAGCAGUAGUUGUAGUAGCAGCAAUAAGGCGAAGCCGAAAGAGAUCUCAAGCAGCGGAGAGGAAAUCGUAUUCCCUAAGAUCAAUUCGGUAGGAUCUUUAUCGAACGUCUCUCACUCGUAUUACUCUAGCGCUGCUGCGCCGAAGGCACAAAACAGAACCGAUGAAAGCGCAGCAAAGUCGAACAAAACAGGUGAACGCGAGGCGGCACGUGACUUCUCCGCCUCUGCGCCCGUCACCUCAUCGUCCUCCGUUUUUCCGAGUCAGCACAGCAUCAAAAAAAUGAGUCCAACCUCGCUGAAUCGAACCGCAGCACCCACGAUGCGCGGCGUGAAAGACACCGUGGAUGAGCCGCCUUCCUCUUCUUCCCCUGCGAUCCCUUACAAUGACCGCAGCGACGCUACCCAUACCGCACCGCCAUCUAACAAACGACGCACCAGCAACAACUCCUCAUCCUCUACUCCGAACGCGGACGGCUUGGUCACGCCGGGUGCCGUAAAACACAAGGCGACGCCUCCCCCGCCACAGGAAGUGUCGCUACCGUCGCGCAGUGAAGCCGUUGCGUCCUCCAGCGCUCCGCCAACCACGUUGUUGCCGCUUCCCUCCACCGUGUCGAAGCCGGUAAGGAACGCGGAGGGCGGCACGGAAGUCCACAGCAGUAGUGUGGCGGCGUCAAGCACCACCGCGGCAAACGUCGACUCUGCCGCCCCCGCGAUUCCCUCUCGCUGCUCUCAGCUCGUCUGCCCUCACGUAGAGUCCGCGUCCUCCUCCGUCGCCCUUCCGCGCGUGAGUUGUCAGCCGCCGGUGCUGCGCACCGCGUCGCAGCAGUCGUUAAGCAACUCGCAACGCGCCAAAGAGGCCCUGCUGCGGUUCAGCGCAGAAUCCACUGGAACUGACGCAAUGCGCGACACAAGCUCCGCUACGCUGUCGCUGCAACCUUCUACGUCGACUCGCUCUGCGCCUCUGCAGCCGCACCCGCCCACCACCCUCCUUUACACCUCUUCGGACGCUCCGUCGGUUGCCUCCAAUUCUUCGCAGUCUGUUCAGACGCUUCAGUCUUCCACUGCAGUCACAAACGCUGCCGUUGUUUCGUUAUCGCACUCGAUGAGCCAAUCUUCUGAAAGGGAACACCACGCCCAUCUUCCCUCGCGGGAUGCUUCGCAUGUCAAGGGACUGUCGACGCCCGGCAGGGCGCACAAGUCGCAUCACCCUGUCUUGCUGCCCGCCAUCAUGAACCUCUACAGCUCCCCGAUCUCACUGCGCAAUUUCGGUUCCACGUGCUACCUCAACUCGGUCGUGCAGUGUCUCUUGCACACCCCGGGGCUGCUGCGCGCGCUGGACAAGGACCGGCAGCGCAUCAUUAAGGAGUGGGAGGCCAAGAAAGGGGGAAGAUUUGAUGAGGAACACCGGCGCAGCUGCGCGGAGCGGAACGCGCCGGCGACAUCCGCGCUGCUCGACCUCGGCACCGCGAAACCACGGCAAGAUACACCAACACCGCAGCUGCUGCUGAGCCUCAAAGCGGCGUGUGGGGAGUGCAACGAAGAGUUCGCCGGCAAAGGGCAAAACGACGCCCACGAGCUGCUCAUCACGCUGCUGGGCGUGAUCGACAAGGAGGUCUGCCGCAGCAAACCGGAGGCGUACCAAACGAUGAAGGAUGUCGAAAAUGAGUGCAAGCGCGACGCCUACGCGCGCUGGACGGAGCGGCUUCGUCAGGAGAACAACUCCACCAUUUACGACCUCUUCGGCGGCGUCACGUGCAGCACGGUGCAGUGCGCGACCUGCUCCCUCGUCUCGUACCGCUUUGAGGCGCUGCUGGAUAUUUCGUUGCCCAUGACCUACAACAACGGACCGCGCGCGGCUGCCCGUACCACCGCCGGCGACGGCAAACACGGGAGUGUGCGGCCGGAGGAGGUGGUCGCGGUCGAUCUGCUGCUGCAUGACAUGUUCUUCAGUGAUCACGGGGAGUUUCUGUCGGGACCGAUGCAGGUCACGUGCGAUCGCUGCAAGAAACUGCGCGACAAAACGAUCUGGUCCACCAUGGAGCAGUGGCCGCCGAUUCUUGUGCUGCAUCUGAAGCGCUUCAAUAACGCCGGGGUGAAGAACGAGUCCGCUGUGGUCUUUCCGUGCACUUUCUGUCCAUUUGGUCGAGUGAAGUAUCAAUUGUAUGGUGUGUGCUGCCACCGCGGCACCGCCUCCUUUGGCCACUACACGAGUUACGUCUUCGUGGAAGGCGACGCGGCGACAGUGGAGUCGCCGCUGCGCAAAUCGAGUUCGCACAACUGCGACAUCGCAAAGUCACACUUCGGUGACCACGCAGGCGACCUCGAUGCCCUUCGCGGUGCGUCUUCCGGCAGCUUUGCCCGAGGUGCGGACGACAGCUUCGGUCUCGGUGAAGGGUCCGAUCUGUCUUUCGGAAAAAGCACACCGCAGGUGACGACGCACGGCAGCAGUGGCAGCAAUGGGAGUUUCAGCUCCGGGAAAGGUGGGAAGUGGCAUUUCUGCAACGACGAGUCCAUCACGGCGGUGACGGCAUCGGAAGUGGUGAGCAAGACGAAGGAGGCGUACAUUCUCUUCUAUCGCCGUGUCGCGUAG